AUGGAAUCUCCUGUGACAACUCCUUUGCCGGUCGAAAGCUCGACUCCUAGUCCGGCUUAUACAGGUCGACGCCGCGCUGGGCGUCCCAAAGCUAAUUCGUACAACGAUCUGAUGAAGCCAGGCGAGAGCUGGGGAGAAUUAGCAGAUGCAACGGAGCGCAGGAAAAUCCAGAAUCGCUUGGCACAACGGGCGUACAGACGAAACUUGCGAGAUCGAACAAAAGAGGUCGAGCUACUGAAGAAUGAAGUCAAGACACUCCAUCAAGCAAUUAGCGUUACCACUACGAGCAGUAAUGCUAGCGAGUCAAGCGAAAAAAGAGCCUUAGCGCCAUCGCAAGGCAGCUUAUCACCCGGCUCUAGGGACUUUACAGCGGAGUGGGAUUUGAAGAAUAGCACCCGCAUAGACAAGUGGUCCGACACAAUUUCGCAAAACCAAGAUAUGCUGGACGACUGCCUGAUCUGGCCGUCAGACCUGGACCAAGGCUUCGACGACUGUUUUCAAAGACCGGAGGAAUCCGCAGUAACCAGCAAUCCUAUAUCCGUUCACGCCUCCAAGGGGUCAGGGGAUUCGUCCAGUUCCGAUCUUUCAGCCGCCAUGUCCACGUACUCCACAUCUGCCAACACCAUGGGCUGGCUAGAAUCGGGAAUCUACGAAACAUUCCAAGGUCAUGAGUUAAAUGACGCCAUCAACUUCUCGCACCCACCGUCGUCGGCAUCAAUGACGGCUAUCGACAGUCCGGUACUAAGUCCGACGUCGAGCCCAAUACGGCAAUCAAAGUCUUUACCAAGUGGUGCCAAGCUAGACCGCGACCGAGACGCUGACGAGCCCUUGAUUCACAUUGCCAUCGCGCGAGGCACGAUCAACACGCUCAAGCUGCUUCUCAAGACAUAUCCAAUCUCGGUCAACAAGAGAGACAAGGCUGGCUAUACGCCGCUGCAACGAGCCGUCAUCAGUGGGAAGACCGACAUGGUGGCAUUGCUGAUUGAACACGGUGCGGACCCAGGCCCAUGA